UCUCAAUCUGGUGGAUCAAAUCAAAGUGGUUCUAAUCAAUCUUCAGGCUCCAAUCAGAAUCAGUCAAACCAAUCCGGAGGUGGUUCCAAUCAGAAUCAAACCUCAAGCUCCAAUCAAACCACUCCGGCAACCGAAAAACCCGGUCAAAUAUCCAACAAUCGCUGCGUCAGAGAUGGUUACGUCGCUGACGAUAGAAACUGCAAAAAGUUCUACAGGUGUGUUCAAGGAAUCAAAUACGAGUUCACUUGUGGCGAAGGCACUGUGUGGGAUCAAACCAUUCAAGCUUGCAAUUAUCCUUAUGCGGUCAGCGGACGUUGUCAGGUGGCACAGCCUGGAGUACCCACUAAUGGUGGAAACGGAGCAAACUCCGGUCAAAGUGGGUCUGAAUCCAACCAGAGUGGAUCAGAAUCAAAUCAAAGUGGCUCGGGAUCCAAUCAAAGCGAAUCGGGUUCCAAUCAAAGUAGCUCAGGAGCUAGUGAAACCGGUUCCGGAUCCAAUCAAGGUGAAUCAGGAUCGAAUCAAAGUGGUUCGGGAUCGAAUCAAGGUGGUUCAGGAUCUAAUCAAAGUGGUUCGGGAUCAAAUCAAGGUAGUUCAGGAUCGAAUCAAAGUGGUUCGGAAGGAAACCAACAAGGAUCCGGAUCAAAUCAAGGCUCAUCGUCAAGUAAUAACAAAUGUUCUCAGGACGGUUACAUAGGAGAUGAACAAAACUGUCAGAAGUUCUAUAGAUGCGUCAACAAUGGUCAGGGAGGUUACAUUAAAUACGAAUUCAAGUGCGCCAAUGGUACCGUGUGGGAUCAGAGCAUUUUGUCUUGUAAUUAUCCGUCUGCUGUUUCCGGAAGGUGCGGCAAACCGGGAAGUUACGUUCCAGGAUCUAAUCAAGAAGGUUCUAAUCAAGAAAGUUCAAACCAAGGUGGAUCAAGUCAAGGUGGAUCAAACCAAGGCGGAUCUAAUCAAGAAGGCUCUUACCAAGGUGGAUCAGGCUCGAAUCAAAGCGGUUCUAAUCAAGAAGGGUCAAAUCAAGGAAGCUCAAACCAAGGUGGAUCUGGUGGAAAUCAAGGAGGCUCCAAUCAAGGUGGAUCAAAUCAAGGAGGCUCAAGCCAAGGUGGGUCUGGUUCAAACCAAGAAGGCUCGAAUCAAGGUGAAUCUAAUCAAGGUGGAUCAAACCAGGGUGGAUCAAACGAAGGCGGAUCUAAUCAAGGAGGCUCAAGCCAAGGUGGAUCUGGUUCAAACCAAGAAGGCUCGAAUCAAGGAGGUUCAACUGGAACCGGAUCCAACAAUAAUGAAAAUCAAGGCCAGACAAGCAACACGAAAUGUACGCAAUCUGGUUUUAUAGGAGACGAACAAAAUUGUAGAAAAUUCUAUCGCUGCGUCGAAAAUGGACAAGGCGGAUACAUCAAGUAUGAAUACGCUUGCGCAAAUGGAACGAUUUGGGACCAAAGUAUCUUGUCUUGUAAUUACCCGUACGCCGUAACAGGAAAAUGUGGCAAUGGUGGAUCGAAUCAAGAGGGUUCCAAUCAGGGAGGCUCAAAUCAAGGAGGUUCAAAUCAAGGUGGUUCCAAUCAAGAAGGUUCAAAUCAGAGCGGCUCGAAUUAUGGUGGAUCUAGUCAAGAAGGAUCCAAUCAGGGUGGCUCUAAUCAAGGAGGUUUAAAUCAAGGAGGUUCAAAUCAAGGUGGUUCCAAUCAGGGAGGGUCAAACCAAGGUGAAUCCAAUCCAGGUAGCUCUAAUCAAGGAGGCUCAAAUCAAGGUGGUUCCAAUCAAGGAGGUUCGAACCAAAGCGGCUCUAAUUAUGGUGGAUCUAAUCAAGGCGGAUCCAAUCAGGGUGGCUCUAAUCAAGGUGGAAAUCAAGGAGGUUCAAACCAAGGUGGUUCCAAUCAAGAAGGGUCAAACCAAGGUGGAUCCAAUCAAGGUGGCUCUAAUCCAGGAGGCUCAAAUCAAGGUGGUUCCAAUCAAGGAGGUUCAGACCAAAGUGGCUCUAAUUAUGGUGGAUCCAAUCAAGGCGGAUCCAAUCAAGGUGGCUCUAAUCAAGGCGGCAAUCAAGGAGGUGCAAACCAAGGUGGUUCUAAUCAAGGAGGGUCAAAUCAAGGUGGAUCCAAUCAAGGUGGCUCUAAUCAAGGAGGUUCAAACCAAGGUGGUUCCAGUCAAGGAGGUUCAAACCAAAGUGGAUCCAAUCAAGGUGGUUCAAAUAACACCAGUAUCGAAAGCAAUCAAGGACAAUUGACCAAUGACCGUUGUUCGAAGGCAGGCUUCGUUGGAGACGAUCAAAAUUGCAAAAAGUUCCACAGGUGUGUGGACAACGGUCAGGGAGGUUACAUAAAGUACGAGUACACUUGCGGCGAUGGAACUGUUUGGGAUCAUAGCAUACUGUCUUGUAAUUAUCCGUCAGCAGUUGUAGGAAAAUGUGGCACUGGUAAGUUUAUACUGAAACUAUGCUCAAAAAUAGUGCAAAACUAUAACAUGUCUUUUAAAACUUACAAUUAAUAUUGUUUAUAGGUGCUCAACAACCAGGUAAUAAUCAAGGUGGAUCAAAUCAAGGAGGUUCAAACCAAGGCAGUUCCAAUCAAGGAGGAUCCAAUCAAGGUGGCUCUAAUCAAGGAGGUUCAAAUCAAGAAGGGUCAAACCAAGGAGAAUCCAAUCAAGGUGGUAAUCAAGGAGGUUCAAAUCAAGGUGGUUCCAAUCAAGGAGGAUCCAAUCAAGGUGGCUCGAAUCAAGGUGGUAAUCAAGGAGGUUCAAAUCAAGGAGGUUCAAAUCAAGGUGGUUCCAGUCAAGGGGGGUCUAAUUAUGGCGGAUCUAAUCAAGGAGGAUCCAAUCAGGGGGGCUCUAAUCAAGGAGGAUCAAAUCAAGGCGGUUCGAAUCAAGGAGGAUCAAAUCAGGGUGGUUCGAAUCAAGGAGGAUCCAAUCAAGGCGGUUCCAAUGCAGGUGGAUCAAACCAAGAACCUUCCAAUCAGGGUGGCUCAAACCAAGGCGGAUCUAACCAAAGUGGUUCUAACCAAGGAGGUUCGAACCAGGGUAGUUCUGGAACAAGUCCACCGACUAAACCGAUUCUUUGCAACAAUCAAACGAAAAACAAUGAAACGAUUCCUGGUGAAAUAGUCAACAACAGAUGCACUAAAGCUGGAUUUGUAGGUGACGAAAAAAAUUGCGCUAAAUUUUAUCGUUGUGUAGAAGACGGUAAAGGAGGUUUGAUGAAGUUCGAGUACACCUGUGGAACUGGCACAGUAUGGGACCAGAGUAUUUUCGCUUGCAACUAUCCGAGUGCGGUCAAUGGAAAAUGCCGUCAGAAUCAACCUCAAACUGGUGCAGGUGAUGGUCAAUCAUCGUCAACAUCUAGUCCAGUAGAUGGUCAGCCCACCCAAGCUCCUCAAUCGGGAAGUUGUUCGCAAGACGGUUUCAUUGGAGACUCCAAAAACUGCUCCAAAUUCUACCGUUGUGUAGCCAACGCUCAAGGAGGCUUCAUCAAAUACGAAUUCUCGUGUGGCAAAGACACGGUAUGGGAUCAACAAAGCCUGACCUGCAAUUACCCGUGGGCCGUUCAAGGCAAUUGUAGCAAUCAAAGUCCAGCGACUACAAGUUCUACCCCUGGAAAUCCUACAGGAAGUACUCCACCACCAACAAUCAGUGGAACUACUCCAACAACAACUAGUGGAACUACUCCACCAACAACUAGUGGAACUACUCCACCAACAACCAGUGGAACUACUCCACCAUCAACCAGUGGAUCUACUCAGGCACCCAAUAUUGAGAGUACAACUGAAGGAAGUGGAACCCACAUGGAACCAUGUCCAGUAGGCCAACUGGAAGGUGACCAAAUAGCUUUGGUAUGUCCGACAGGAUUCAGGAGACAUCCGAAAUAUUGCAAUUUGUUUUAUCAGUGCACUUCAAACAAGAAUCACGAAUAUAAGGUUUUAGUUUUGAAUUGUCCCCAAGGUACAAUUUAUGAUGACAGAAAAAUCCAGUGUUUGCCUCAAAAUGAAACCAGCCAAACUUGUACCGGACAAAUAGCUCAACCAAGUUUGUAUAGGAAAAUGGACAUAAAUGCAAUUGCUCCAGUUCAAGUUUCAACUCAAAAAGCUUUGUGUCCUCAUGAAGGUUCCCAUGAAAUGGAACAUACAGAGUGCUCUCAGCAAUUUGUAAAAUGUAAAAGGAGUUAUAGAAAAAUGGAAGGAUUUUUGUAUAGGUGUCCUGAUGGAUUUGCUUAUUGGCAAAUCAGCAGACAAUGUGAGAGGACUUCGAAACUUCUCCAUUGCGAUGGAUACACUCUACCAAGAAGUAAAUGGGAAAUCCCAGUAGAAUCUGUAGAUGUUUCUUAUAGAAGAAGAAAAGACUUAGCUCACUUGCCAUUAUAAUUUUUAUUAGAAUAAUUCAAUGUAAAUGUCUAUUAGGGCAUGAUCAAUGAGUAACUUUUUGAAAAAGUACUUUACUGCUUUUAGAUCAUCCAAAUCAAGGAUGUCGAAGUGGUAAAAAAUAAUCAUUUUUUAAGGACCAAUAAGGGUUUUUUUAAAAUGACAAGCGACUUUAGAAAUUACGAUUUUUAAGGUUGCUUAAUAUGGGUUUUCGUGGUAUUGGGUAAUUUUUAUUAUUUAUUUUUGUAUUGUGCCAGUUUAGUUUUUUCUUUACGUAGCAGCAAUACAAUAAACGAACUGAAUAAAUUAUUUGUUUAUAUUUUGCCAUAAUAUUGUAAUAAAUACAUAAAAUUAUUUUGAAUUAUUAUUUAUCCUUUGAUAACAAUGGAUCUAAGACAAAAAUCAUAGUUGAAAGGCUUUCAAGCUUUGCAACGACGAAAAUAUUGAAACUGCAUUGAAAAUGCUCAAAAGAGAGCCUAAUUACAUUAAGAUUGAAUUGAAGUUGACAAAGAUGUGAGGCAAAAUGUGGUUGAAUGUCAUUUUGGAGAAAAUCAAGCUUCAAAAAACGACAGUGAAGGACUUUUUUUUUGAGGAAAGCGUUUGAAGGAUUGGCUUGAAAUUUCGCAAGUAGAUAAAUUAAGGAUUGAAAUUUAGGAAAAUAAAAAUUUGCUUUAACGCGCUCACCUUGAUAAAAAUCAAAGUUGAAAAACUUUAAAGCUCUGCAGCUAUGAAACUAUUGAAGCUGCAUUGAAAAUACUCAAUAGAGAUUUGUAAAGGAUUUAAUUGGCUUUAUUUCAAGCCUAAUUACGUUACGAUCGGAUUGAAAUUAACCAAGAUGUGAGGCAAAAUGUGGUACAAUGUCAUUUUGGAAAAAAACAAGCUUCAAAAUACGACAUUGAAGGACGUAAGUUUUAUUUUAUUUUUUCUGAGGAAAACGUUACGAUUGGCUUAAAAUUUUGCAAGUGGAUAAAGAAAAGAUUAAAAUUUAGGAAAAAAUAAAAAGUUCCUUCUGAUCGUUUACCUUUAAGGAGCAAACCACCUGAAAAUACUUGUGCUAAAACUGUAGGGAAUAUAAAGUAAUUUUAAAAGAAUUUGGACGAACAUGAAGGAAUUUAUGGGAAAUUGGAGAAAUGAAUGAGAAAUUGAGGGAAUUUAUUGCUUUUUACACCAAAAGUAAUAGAAAUAGAAAAUUACAUUUCUUAUUAUGAACAAUUUUGGGUAUUUUUAUGGAAUCUGUAAUAGGCAUUUGCAGGGAAUUUGCGACCAGUUUGCAGGAAUUUGCGGGUAGUUUGAGGAAUUGCUUGCACAAAUUUAGACAGGUGGUUUACCCUUCAGUCUAAGAUUAAGUACAAAGUUGUUCCUAAUCUAUUAGGAUGACUGGUCGAUAAACUGGGUUAAUUUCGACUUAAGUCCAACAAAACAAUUACCUUGAAACUUUUUAAUCACAACACAAAGUUCUGAAAGUUCAAUUUGCCGCUUGGUUAACCACCCCUCGAAUCAAGUUGCUAUGGAAAUUGAAUAGAAGUAUUGUCAAUAUCAAACGCAAAUUUUACGCAUUUAUAAAUAUGAAUUGGCCAAGUCAAAAUGUGCCUCAAGGAGGCAUGUUACACCCUGCCAAGGCUCAAUACAGACCAGAGACUCAUCAAUUCUUAAAAGUUCUAAUGGAAGAAAGUAAACUAACAAUGAUGCAAAGAAACAAAAUAAAUUACGCUCUAAGAAAUGGAGAACCUUUACCAAGUUUAUCCAGAAGAAGAAAAGGCCCGUUGAAAAUACCAGAGGUUACUAUUCGACCAGGAUCACCGAAAAGGCGUUCCAAGCAUGAAAUAAUAUCUUCUGGAGCGUAUGAAAGAGAACAAUUUCGAUCCACAGAACCACUUAUAGACAGAGAAAAAGAAAAAGACAAACUUGCAUUUAAAAUGGCUUAUAAUGAAAACAUGUCUAUUACAAAACUAAAAGUAGUCAAGAAGAAACUUGAAGAUGAGUGCAACAGGUUUGAUCAACUUUGUGAAGAAAUCAGGGAAAGAGAAGAAUGGCUAGAAGAAAUGGAACACCUUAAUGCAGCUGAUAAUUACAGAUUGAUUAUUCAACAACAAAUUCAAAGUAGAGUCAGAGAAAUGCAAGCAAUGAACUUAGAAAAAUAAUUUUUUCUGCUUCUGUAUGCUUUUGUAUAAAACGCUGAUUUUGAAAAAUUAAAUGUCGUAUGACAAAAUUAAUGAUGUUGCAAUUUCCUGGCACAAUUAUUAGUUCACUAAGUUACUUGCCAUAUUUCAA